ACUCGGUGGUCCUCCAUAUUUGCGUUUUGAUAUAACAUCAAAAUUUUGUGGCUUUUGGGACCUAUCCCAGUGUAGUUUGCUGUGCAAAUUAAAGUAGAGCUUGAGUAGUCGACUCAAAUAGUGUAGAAUCGUGAGGAAUUCAGCUGGAAGGAGUUGAAAAUCGGAUCCUUUUUUUUUGGAUAAUGGUAGACGAGGCUGAAUAGGAUACCCUUAAUACAAAUGGAAAAACUUUGACAGUGCAGUGCAGUGAAAAUUCCACCCCAAAAGGGAAAUAACAAUACCUCCCCUAUUGAUUUGGAGCAUCAGAGGAGCAGCAGCAGUGGAUGAUUCACAUUUUAGGCGCGUGCUAUGGCCUUUUUGAUAAAUUAAUUCGAAUCGUUGACCGUUUUCGUUUUACAUUUACGAGAAACCAGAUUUACAUCGGUCAGUUUUGCCCAAUCGAGGGCACAUCUAGGGGACGAAGCAAAACGGAAAAUCUGAAAGUGCGUGUUUCAAUACCUCGAUCGGUUCGUGUGUGUAGCCGUGUGUCCCUAUUAGAUUGCACCGUUGGCGUGUGAAAACUAGGAAUACAAGUGGCAGUGUGUGCGUGUUGUUGCUUGGAGGAAAAUUGUGUUCAGCAAUUUUCAGCCUACCACCCAUUGUGUCCCCGUUUCUGGCGUUCACAAUCCGGAAGUUUGAUCGCUUUGGGAUUUCCAUUACCCAACGGAAGUAAGACACUGACUUUUUUUUCUGUGCUGCUUUCGUCGAAAAGAAACAUCGGUCGUGAGUGUGCGGUGAGUUUACGGGACGGAUCUUGGAGUAGUAGCUGGCGGAUGUUUCAAUUAUAGAGGAAAUUCGCUCUCGAUGAGAUGGUGUUGUGACAUAGUUGAAAAUCGAGGGUUGUAGGAAGGCGUGAAUGUGACAAACAUACAUAGCAAGAGCAAAAACGAGAGCGACUGUGUGUGAAGAAUAGGAUAUACGUGUGCAGUAUAAGAAGUUGUCGAUUUUUGUAGUUACAUAAAAUUCAGUGAAAAGGGAAUAGAAGAGGAAUCCUCAGGAGAGAAGUUUCCCUUGUGUUGAUAGAAUUUUUCAUCCGACGUGGUCCGAUAAAUUAUUCAUCGCAAAAUUCCCUCAUCUUCUGCAGUGCUUUUGGUAGACGAGUUGAGGUUGGCAAAAAUGGGUACAGUGCUAAGCUUCAGUCCCCGGGAGCGUCGACCCAUUUAUUCGACGCAUCACCACAGCGCCGGAACGCUGUCCUCGUCGAAUUCCGCAGAUUUCCCACUGAACAACUAUUCGUACGAGCAGCUGAACAACGUUAAGAACCGAGAGAACACUAAACCGCCCAAUCUGAUCCAGGCGGUACCGAACAACAAUAGCAUCAACAACAACAAUAAUCUAAAUAUUGGAGGAAAAGACGACGGCAAGAACAAUAACACGAACAAUGGAGGAACUUUGAUGAUGCUUCAGCAAAACCAUCAAUCCAACAUCAACGGAAGCACCAACAUCAACAGCAUCAACAACAACAUCAACAGCAACAACAAUAGCAACAGCAUACAGGAACGCAACAACAACAACAACAACAACAACAAUAAUAAUAAUAACAACAACAACAACAACAACAGUAAUACCGACAGUGCUCGUAUUCUCUCGGAGAAGAAUGCUCUGGAGAAGAAUCUCAAGAAGCAUUCCCUGUUUAUCAAUGCCCUCUCGUGGAAGCGACUAGCAGCCUCCCAUGGCAAGAAGAAGCUGGACAACCAGAAGAACAAAUCGGCCAAUCUGGGGUCGGCCACGUUCCGUACUCCGCUGACCGACACCAUCCACCCGAUGGUGGACAAGAACAAGAACCUGCAGCAGUCGCAAUCCUUUACCCAGCCCAUCGGCACCCAUACCAACCAGCAGCUGCAGGUUCAGCAGGUUUCUCAACAACCGACCACACUGCAGCUGCAACAGCAACAGCACCAUCAACAGGUCUACUUUACCCCCGGGGGGCCGAAAGCCUUGCUAGCGCUGGACCUGGUGCGGGCCAACAACACCAAUCCACUGUCACAGCCGGAUAAGUUGGCACCGAAGUUGCCCCUGCAGUUGCCCUUGCCGCUGCAACCGAUCAUCAGUCAGCAGCAGGCCGCGGCCGCCCAGCACCAGCAGCACCAGAGUCAGCUAUCGCAACAGUUGCACCACGCCGGACACGGGCCGCGGAAAACCGUCAUCCAGGCCUCAACGUCGGAGCUGCUAAAAUGUCUCGGUAUGUUCCUGCACGACCGGUGCCGAAAGUUGCGAGAUUUCCAAGCAGGUGACGCCGUGAUGUGGCUGCGGGCAGUCGAUCGGAGUCUGCUGCUUCAGGGAUGGCAGGACGUUGCCUUCAUCAACCCGGCGAAUGUGGUGUUCGUGUACAUGCUGGUCCGGGAGCUGGUGGACGGCGAGGAGACCAAGGAGGCUGAACUGCAGGCAGCGGUGCUGACCUGUCUCUAUCUGUCCUACUCGUACAUGGGAAACGAGAUAAGCUACCCGCUGAAACCGUUCCUGGUGGAGGACUCCAAGGACAAGUUCUGGGAUCGAUGCCUCCUGAUCGUGAACCGGCUGUCGUCCAACAUGCUGCGGAUCAACGCCGAGCCGGGCUUCUUCACCGAGAUCUUCACCGAGCUGAAGGCCUGCGGUAUGAACUCGUCCAGUUCGAACUCGAACAUGCCGUGCGGUGCGGCUUGACGCAGCAACAGCAGCAGCCGCCAUCCCCGUGAGGUUGUUGUCCGGCUGUCGAUUGCCGGCCAGCAGCAAAAGUACCAGCACCAGACGACCCUCCAGGAACUGACCAGUGUCGUUUGAGAUGGUGUGAGGUGUGAGCCCACGACCGGAGAGAGCACCAUCACCAGCAGCCAUGACGAAUCAACGAGAGCCUACUAAUACUAAUACAUACUAUCAUUCAAACAACCAUAGCUCAGUCAUAGUCAUCCACCACGGAUCCUACACAGUAGAUGAGUUUUGGAGUCAAACAGAGAAGUGUUUUAUGCAACACCGUUGCAACAGAAGCUUAGUUUUUGGACAAAACAGAAGAACAGUUCAUACAAUUAGGCUCAAGUUUUCGAACCAACGAAUGCGAAAGCUAAAACGGUCUCACACAAGCGGCGGUAUGGCAAUUAUGGCAUCGAGGGUCAGUCAGUCAGUAGUUCAGUAAUUCACAUUGAAGUUAAGCAAAAAAACACAAUAUGCACUUGGAGGGGGAAGAAUUCUAGUCUUUCAUUUAUUUUCGUUCACAACCCCCAUUGAAACAGUAGUGAUUCCCAAAUUUAGAGUAUAGGAAAAAAGUGAGACACAGAAAACCAUUCGGACAAACAGAAAAAAAAAUAUUUAGACGCGUUGAAAUUGUUUCCAAAAACCAGAUAAAAACUGUCGAACCAGACGAUUGUGAAAUUAAGAAACAAAAGUUUCUAAUGUUCAGGUCAUGUUCUCCAUUCCUCCAAGAAACCAGAAAGCCAUCAGAUGAUGCAAAAUGAGAGUUUACCAAAAACCGAAACCAAAAAUUACGGGGGAAAAACCAGCAAAAUGUGAUUCGAUGAAAUUAUAUUAAAAUUAGACGAAAUUUAUGAUGAAGUUAGGAAUACUCAGAAAAUUCAAUCACAAACCUAAACGAACAGCAGAGCCGGAUUCUCGAAUCGAGAAAAAAAAAUACAAAAGAUGAGGUUAGGAUGAUUUUGCGGAAGAUAGCUACAACCAAUUGUUGUUUGUUUUCAAACUUCGCGAAAUGUGUGAUAAAUUGCUCGAUCAGCAUAAAUUGAAUUUUGUGUAUUGGGUUUUCAUGAAAACAAAACCUCAAGCCUGCAGCUUGAAAGCUGAGCUAUGGAUUGGUAAACAAAUAGGAUUUAUGUGCAAAAUUCGAUCUUAUUUUCAGUAGAGUAUCCGUAUCGCGCAAAGACGUCAUCCACAGACAAUUGGCAGUUCGAAUAGUAUUCUGAGAAUUUUUAUUUAGGCUCUGAACCAUUUGGUGGAUUAUUUUAACUUUUAGUUAAAAUUUGACACAUGGAAAGUUAUCGAUGAACCCUGCUAUCCGCGGUUUGUUAUUUCUGACAGACAAGAAGUUAAAUUUUGACAACCGUGGGUGAAAACCGGUCGAUCGACAGCACGGGGAUUUUCGAAUAUAGAAAAUAACUUUCCAAACGUCACGUCACUUUUAACCACGAGUUAAAUUUAACUUGGCAAAUGGUUCACAGCCUUAUGGUGAUUUCGCCUCGGAUGUCUGUAAACUGUAAUCCCAAACAAACAGACGUAACUCUUCGAACAACUUUUCCUUCAAAGCAUCGUCACGGAUCUCACUGAGGGCGCCAUUUGGUGGAUUAUUUUAACUAUUGGUUAAAAUUUGACAGAUGGAAAGUUAUCGAUUAACCCUGCUAUCCGAGCGUGGUUAGUUCUGACAGACAAGAAGUUAAAUUUUGACAACCUUGGCUAAGUUCUUCUCAAAAACCGGUCGAUCGAUAGCACAGGGAUUUUUGAACAUAGAAAAUAACUUUCGAAAUGCCACUUUUAACCAUGAGUUAAAUUUAACUCGGCAAAUGAUUCACAGCCUAAGGCUGUGUUCCAUUUGGUGAAUUUUCACUUAAAUUUGACAGAUGGAAAAUUUUCAAAUAAACCUGUUAUUCCAGCAGACUUAUUUAUGACAGCCAAGGAAUCAACUUUGACAGAUGCUUUCUCGAAAAUCGGCUGUUCAACAACAGAGGGAUUUUCGAACAUCAUAAUUUAUUUUCGAAGUGUCAAAUUUAAGUGAAAAUUUUCCAAAUGGAACAUAGCCUAAGGCUGUGGGAUUUUCGAACAUGGAAAAUAGCUUUCGAAAUGUCAAAUUUAACUCAGCAAAUGAU